AUGGACUCCAGGCAAGAGAAAGAUGGAGGCUCUGUUGAGAGGGAAUACGAACAAUUUGUGGAGAAGUCAUCCUGCACCCAGCCCCUGGGCGAACUCACCAGCCUGGAUGCUCACGGGGAGUUUGGUGGCAGCGGAGGCGGCGGCAGCCCGGCGUCCUCCUCACUGUGCACUGAGCCGCUGAUCCCCACCACCCCUAUCAUCCCCAGCGAGGAAAUGGCUAAAAUCGCCUGCAGCCUGGAGACCAAGGAGCUCUGGGACAAAUUCCACGAGCUGGGCACAGAGAUGAUCAUCACCAAGUCUGGCAGGAGGAUGUUCCCUACUAUCCGCGUGUCGUUUUCCGGCGUGGAUCCUGAGGCCAAGUACAUAGUCCUGAUGGACAUCGUGCCCGUGGACAACAAGAGGUACCGCUACGCCUACCACCGCUCCUCCUGGCUGGUGGCAGGCAAGGCGGACCCACCGCUGCCGGCCAGGCUGUAUGUCCACCCAGACUCCCCUUUUACUGGUGAGCAGCUACUCAAACAGAUGGUGUCCUUUGAAAAGGUGAAGCUCACCAACAAUGAACUGGAUCAACAUGGCCAUAUCAUUUUGAACUCGAUGCAUAAGUACCAGCCUCGGGUGCACAUCAUUAAGAAGAAAGACCACACGGCCUCGCUGCUCAAUCUGAAGUCUGAAGAAUUCAGGACGUUCAUCUUCCCAGAGACAGUUUUUACGGCAGUCACUGCCUACCAGAAUCAACUGAUAACCAAGCUGAAAAUAGACAGCAACCCCUUUGCCAAAGGAUUUCGGGACUCCUCCAGGCUCACUGACAUCGAGAGGGAGAGCGUGGAGAGCCUCAUUCAGAAGCAUUCCUACGCCCGCUCCCCCAUCCGCACCUACGGGGAAGAGGACGUGCUGGGGGACGAGGUGCAGACUGCGCAGACCCGAGGGUCAGCCUUUACCACAUCCGACAACUUGUCUCUCAGCUCCUGGGUGUCCUCUUCGUCCAGUUUCCCUGGAUUUCAGCACCCACAGUCCCUGACUGCUCUGGGCACCAGCACAGCGUCCAUAGCAACGCCCAUUCCUCACCCCAUCCAGGGCUCUCUGCCGCCAUACGGCCGCCUGGGGAUGCCUCUGACCCCCUCGGCCCUCGCCAGCUCCAUGCAGGGGAGUGGCCCCACCUUCCCCUCCUUCCACAUGCCCCGGUACCACCACUACUUCCAGCAGGGCCCCUACGCGGCCAUCCAGGGACUGCGCCACUCCUCCGCCGUGAUGACGCCUUUCGUAUGACUCUUCUGAAAGCAGGAGAAUCCCAACCCA